AGGCUUCAAACCACAGCUCUGUUACUUUAGAAGAACCGAACCUUUCAGUCUACCCAAGGGCAGCAUGCCUAAAUGGCUUUUCACAGAAGGUUGUUCUUCAUGCUGGUGAUGCCCUGUUCAUUCCCGAAGGAUGGUUUCAUCAAGUGGAUAGUGAAGCAUUAACCAUCGCUGUUAAUUUCUGGUGGCGGUCCAUGACAAUAUCUGGCAUGUUGGAGCAUAUGGAUGCAUAUUAUCUGCGUAGAAUACUAAAAAGAUUGAUUGAUAAGGAAAUGAAUAAGAUGCUGCAUUUUCCUUCAAGUAGUAUGGAUAAAACUAUGACUUGUACGACUUCCCAGCCUAAUGAUGCAUACAGAGAUCAUGGAGAACAGAGAAUCAGCACGAAUUGUGGCAACGGAAGUUCAAAUGAUGAGCUUAGGUCAAAAGUGAUGCUGCAAGAUUUGGAGCCAUGUGCAUCACAGUCUCUAAAUGAACUUAUUUCUUUGGUCCAUGACUGUCUCAAUCCUAGCAAGCCGACGGGAUUGGAGUAUACAGAUAAUUCAUCUGCUAAGGAGAAUGAUGAGACGAAUAAAAGAGAAGAGGACUUGUGUAGCAUCAACGAUGAUCCAGUUACUAAUCUUAUUUUGACUCUUCAUCCACUUACAAUCCAGAGUGUCUUUCUUGCAAUGGCGGUGAGUUCAUUUUUAACCAUUUUGAUGAAUCUUGGUUAUCUUGGGCCCAUAUUAUUAUUCUUAACUUCUUCUCUUUCCUUUCAGCUUUACUUUUUUUUCUGUUUCCUCUGCAUCUUUUAGUUCUCAAAGGAGAUUGCAUACACUAUAGUCCAACUGGA